AUGGGUGUAAAUUCUAACAGCAUUGAAGGUUUCCCUAACAAUGGUGGAACUGCAACAACUGUGGAGGUUUCAGUAGCAGCUGAGGCAACAAUGGAGAUACACCAUGUUUGCCUGCCUCCAAAGAAAUCUACUUUCCAGAAGCUAAAACACAGUCUGUCUGAGAUAUUUUUCCCCGAUGAUCCUCUCUACAGAUUCAAGGGCCAAACAUGGCAUAAGAAACUGGUUUUGGGACUUGAGUGUUUGUUCCCAAUACUACAGUGGGGCUCUCACUAUGAUCUCAAGCUGUUUAUGUCUGAUAUCAUUUCUGGUCUCACCAUUGCUAGCCUUGCAAUCCCACAGGGAAUCAGUUAUGCAAAACUUGCGAAUUUGCCACCUAUCGUGGGAUUAUAUUCAAGCUUUGUUCCACCAUUGAUUUAUUCAGUCCUGGGGAGUUCUAAACAUCUUGCUGUUGGUCCAGUGUCCAUUGCAUCCUUAGUAAUGGGCACAAUGUUGAGUGAAAAUGUGUCUCCUGUUGAUGACCCUAUUCUUUACCUUAAACUGGCUUUCACUGCCACUUUCUUUGCUGGUUUAUUUCAGGCAUCUUUGGGGGUUUUAAGAUUGGGGUUUGUGAUUGAUUUUCUGUCCAAGGCGACCCUUGUUGGAUUCAUGGCUGGUGCUGCUGUCAUUGUGUCAUUACAGCAGCUCAAGGGACUGCUUGGAAUUGUUCAUUUCACUUCCAAAAUGCAAUUGAUUCCUGUUUUGAAAUCUGUAUUUCACCACAGAGAAGAGUGGUCCUGGGAAACUAUUGUAAUUGGAUUCAGCUUCCUGUUGUUUCUGUUGACAACAAGGCAUAUUAGCAUGAAGAAGCCGAAGCUUUUCUGGAUAUCAGCAGCUGCCCCAUUAACAUCAGUGAUUCUCUCAACCCUGUUGAUCUUCUGCAUUAAAUCAAAAGCUCAUGGAAUCUCAAUUAUUGGCCACUUGCAGGAAGGUUUGAAUCCAUCUUCAUCCAACAUGAUAUACUUUAAUGGCCCAUAUCUGGAUUUAGCUAUCAAAACUGGCAUUGUCACUGGGAUACUAUCCCUUACUGAAGGGAUUGCAGUGGGAAGGACAUUUGCUUCUCUAAAGAACUAUCAAGUUGAUGGAAACAAGGAAAUGAUGGCUAUCGGUCUCAUGAACAUGGCUGGUUCUUGCACUUCAUGUUAUGUUACAACAGGAUCGUUUUCUCGAUCUGCAGUAAACUGCAAUGCUGGUGCACAAACGGCGGUCUCGAACAUCGUAUUAGCGACAGCGGUGGUGGUGACUCUGCUGUUUCUGAUGCCACUCUUUUAUUACACCCCGAAUGUGAUCUUAGCAACCAUCAUCAUAACAGCAGUGAUAGGGCUCAUUGAUUAUGAGGCUGCUUACAAAUUGUGGAAAACCGACAAACUCGAUUUCUUGGCCUGUAUCUGUUCCUUCUUUGGGGUUCUUUUCGUUUCCGUUCCUCUGGGACUUUCCAUUGCAGUGGGAGUGUCGGUAUUCAAGAUCAUGUUGCAUGUAACCAGGCCAAACACUGUAAUAUUGGGGAACAUUCCAGGAACACACAUAUACCAAAGCCUCAACCGGUACAGAGAAGCUUCAAGGGUUCCUUCGUUUCUCAUAGUAGCCAUUGAAUCUCCAAUAUACUUUGCAAAUUCAACUUAUCUGCAAGAAAGGUAA